AUGAUCCAAAACAGCAGCGAAAAGAAUGCGGAAGCUAAACAGGUCAAAGUCGUCUUUAGGAAGCAGUACAGGCAUUACCGAGCCAGUGCACCAGCAGGCGAAAAUGAAGCUACAGAAGUUCAGUCGAAACAGAAAGUGUGGAACUGGGACAGGACUCAGCCGAAAAGCGGCUUCAGAUGUGGUGUUCGUGUUAUUACAAAACAGAUUGGUUCUGCCAUCAUUGUUGAUGUCAUCAAGUUUGAUCCUGUCUCAAUGGAAGUCAUAGUAAGAGUAAAAGAACGAGGAUUGGUGAAGUUGUGGAGUGCUUUAACUUUAUUGAGUUAUUAUCGGGAUAGAAAGUGUGCAAUUAAAGUGAUUCAGGUGUCGCCUCAUUUACUGAGCCUUGCAGUGGACAGUAGACAAUGGAAGACGAAAGAAAAAGAGAGCUCUGUAGCCAGCUGACAACAGAUCCAACUUGGGAUUUGGCACUGACAUGCUUAAAACGAAUUUGGCAAGGCAACCCCUCCCCCCCGUCCCCCCAAUCAAGAGUCCUCCCUUCAAAAUCUUCCUAAUUUCCUUGUGAAUCUCGUCAUUCUAGAGGGUCCGCAAUAGGGUUUUCAGAUCCCGCUUUCCCGCCCAUUUUUUCCUGUUAAUCCCGCCAUUCCGCCUUUUUUUGCCUGGAAAUCCCGAUC